AUGCUCUCCGACCCCGGUUACGCUGACGGCACCACCUCCGAGACCAUGGGACGGACAGAGGGCGACGGUUCCUCAGAACUGCCCAUCUGGGAGCCUGGAAGUCUCGAUGCCGCACUUGCAACUGUGUCCCGCCGCGCCCUGCAGUAUGAGCACCAAAUUCAAGACCUCGAGGCAAAGCUCACGCUGGACCUCUCGAACUUCCGUGCCAUUGAAAAUCUUCUUCAAGAAGUUUUUGCCGGCCUACAGCAAACCCAACGUCGCGCUGACAUUGCUCUUUCUUCCACCGUUCCCCACAUCUCCCACUCCCUCGACGAGGACCUAAUGGCCCUGCAUGAGCUCGACAGCCAGCUCCCCGUGAUCCUCCAGCAAGUCCGACACAUCAAACGUGUCUAUGACCACGGUAGGGCCAAGGCACACGAUCUGAUCAAUGCUCUCGAGUGGAUGAACACGCCGAUCUCUCUCCGCCUCCGCACCAUUAUCUUCACCCCAAAUGCCCCAGUCAGUACCCGGUGGAAGGCUCUCGUGCGUACCGCUUUCGCCAUCGUCUUCCUCGUGUGCAUCUGGAUUGCAUGGAUCACCCUGCGUGGGGCGGUGCGGGCUCAUCGACAGCGCCUGGUGUGGGGCGAACGUCUCAUGAGUUAG